ACAACGCGGCAAAGGGGGCGAACAAGUUCGAAUCCCAGCCGGGACGGGCGGACUUUGGCGCUCGAGACUUCGCGGGGGGGGGGCUCUGCAUCAUCGUCAUCAUCAUCGUCAUCAUCAGCCUGGAGACGAACUCCAGCGGACGCCACGGUUGAGUCUCCGUGAGCCGACACCGGGGGAUCACCGGUCUGGUGGGGGGGGCGGCGAGGGGGGGGGAUUCUGGGGAAGCCAUGUGAUUGGUGGACCGGUGGGAAGGGGCGUGGCUUUGUGCAGGUGUGAGGGUGGGGGAGGGGCCAUGGGGGGGUCCGCGCUGGUCACGUGGUUGGUCCUGGCGCUCGCAAUCGGCCAAGCACCCAGUGGAGCCCACCUGACCGUGUCGGUGGAGCACCGCGUCACCACGGCGACAGCGGGCGAUGACGUCAGCCUGCGGUGCAACAUUCGCACUGAGGGGGCGCUGCGCCAGGUCACGUGGUACAAGGUGCUGGAUGCUGGCGCGACGCGAGAGAAGAUCUUCUCGUACGAGACGUUUUGGCCUCUCAACGACACGAAGUCUACUCCCAGGCAGAUUCUCAGCCACCAGGCCACUGUGCGGCUGGCAGACGUGAAGCUGCGAGACCACGGGCCCUACCAGUGCCACGUGAGCGUCUACGACAGGAGCCGCAUGCUGGAAGCCACGGGGCACGUGUUCCUCAACGUCAUGGUGCCACCGUCGUCUAUCUCUCUGAUCGCGGCGGACGCCCCGGCGCCGUUCAACCGCUACGAGGCGCGCAACUUCACGCUGGUGUGCAUCGUCUCCGGGGGCAAGCCAGCGCCCACCGUUCGAUUUAAACGCGACGGGGCGAUCGUGGAGGCGCAGGGGGACGCGUUGGCGGUGCCCUCCUCCCCCUCCUCCCUCCUCACCAACCCCCGUGGCCGGCCCCGGACUAAAGAGGUGAACGACGAGGAGGAGGAGGAGCAGGAGGAGAUGGCGAUGGCGGACGCGGAGAAGAGGGACGACGGCGGUGGUGGUGAUGAUGGAGCUUCCUGGAUCGACCCGGAUGACACCAAACCGGACCCAGCCACAUCCCGACCUGGCGAGACGCACGCCCACUCGCGGGGUCCCGGAACAAGGGGAGCCACAGGAUCCAGACCCCAGGCGGACGGGGAUAGGGCGGUCGCGGCCGCCCCCCCACCACUGCAACCCUCCCACAAGUCCCAGGGGGUGGUGGCGGCGUCGCAGGCGAAGGUGGACUCCCAAGGGGUCGCAACCCCGCCUGGUGGUGUCUCUGCACGAGGAGCCGGUAUACUUUCUGCACCAGGGCGAGAUUCCUGUGAGCGACGGCACGGUGGAGGUGCGUGCGCGCCUCACCUGGCUGCUGAGCCCCACGCUGGACGACCUCGCCCUCUUCAGCUGCGAGGUUCAGCACCCAGCGCUGUCCAUGGCCAUGCAGCUCGAGCGCACCCUGACCGCCCCCAAGGGCCUGCGGAUCGACAUCCUCCCGCGGAGGCCCCUGGUGGGACGCACGGUGCGGUUCAGCGUCGACUUCCAGAGCGAGGUGUUCCCCGAGCCGCUGUACAGGUGGACGCGCGUGGGGGGCCCCCUGCCCGACGGGCGCCCCCACAGCGAGGGGCCGCGGCUGCUGCUGGACAACGCGGGGGCGGCGCUCAACGGCUCCAUGUUCCGCUGCUCCGCAGAGAACGCCCUGGGGGCCACCGACAUCCACACACGCCUCAUCAUCUACGAGAACCCGGCCGCCGCCAGCGGACGCCAGAGGCUGCCGGCGGUGGCAACCGGAGGUACUACGAGGACCCAGAAUCCUUUGCAGCGGUGCUUGCUGAUGGCAGCCAUGACCUUGGCCCUUGGCACGUGACAUCGACCUCUGACCUCUCAACUCUACCCACCAUCCCCCUCUUUCUACCCCUUUUUGAAAAAAAGAAUUGAAUUUACAAAAUAAUUCUAAUUAUGAUGAUAAUAAUAAUAUAUUGGUCUAUAUAUUCAUUAGGAGAUGGAAGAUAUUUUUAUUGUGUUUUAAGGUAUGGAAAAAUAAAUGUUAAAUUAAGCAAUUUUUUAAAUGCAAGCAGGUGCACACACACACACAUCUCUAAACCCAGGGUACUUAUACAGAUACACACAGGGCUACUGAAAUACCGUAUACAAAGACAGCUACACACACAAAGGCAAUGGUGCCCAGAAUAGCCUGAACAGACUGUUGGGGUAAGUGCUGUUAGCAAGCCCCGAAGUAGACCGACACGGCACACGAAAGGGUGGGUGUCCAACACCACGCCCGGCCGCCUUUGUCUCCUCAGUAGUGAUGUUUACACAUUGCACUCGAUAUUCACUUAAGACUGAGUCGAUUUAGGGGAGGCCCAAGACUGGUUCAUAUAAUUAUCACUGGUGUUGGGCCGUGAGCAGGAAUCGAACUUGGGUCGCUGGGUUGGUAGGGCAGUGCUAGCCGCUACACUACCGUUACCCAAAGACACAGUUCCCCCGUAUAGCCUUCACAGAUUGUUGGGACAAGUGCUGUUAGCGAGCACCUAUGAAGGCCAGCACGGCACACGAGGGGGUGGAUGGCCAACACCACACCUGGACGCCUUUGAGGCCGGGUCGACCUAGGGGAGGCCCAGGACCGGUUCAGAUAAUCGUCACUGGCGUUGGCCAAGAACGGGAAUCUAACCCGGAUUGCCAGGUUCGUAGCGCAGCGCGCUAACCGCUACUCUACCGCACCCCACCCCCACUGGUACACACACAGAUAAAGCGAACAUGUACGUCGACAGGUACAUCCAUCGGUACACACACACAGAUAAACGUAUACACAGAGGCAUGCGCGCACAGGUACCCACAUACAGUUCAGUAAACAUACUCAUGGAUACACACAAGGACACAUAUAUAGGUACACAGGUACAGGUGCAUUAUCACACAAAGGCACACACACAUAUACGCAGAGGUACAUACACAUAGGUAGAUAUACGUGAAUACACGUGCAUACACAGGUGUAUCUAAACCCAGGUACACACAUAGGUACAUAUACGCAGGUGUGUACAUCACAACCCUCAUCCAGGAGUGGAUUGUCAAAAAGGUUAUGCAUACUCACACACGUACACAGGUAAACCUUAACACAGGUGCACGUAUCGACAAUCGUUACACAAGUGCUGACUGGUACGUGUACAACGAGGUACACACCGCCGGUACAACAAACAAAGACAAAGAUCCCCCGUAUAGCCUACGGCCGACUUUGUCUCCCUAGUGGCGAUGUUUACACCCCACACCAGGUACUCAUUUGCGGCUGAGUCGACAUAGAGGAGGCCCAUGACCGGUUCAGGUAAUCGUCACCAGUGUUGGUUGUGAGCGGGAAUCGAGCUCGGGUGGUCGGGUUCCUAGCACACCACCCUAACCGCUGGACCACCGCUCCCCCAUCCGCAGGUACACACAGGUGUACACAGGGUGGCCCAAAGAACGAACACACAGGGUUAUUUCAUUUAUUGUAACACUCGCAUUAAAACGCUGCAAUUGCUUAUUUUAUUUAAGAUAACAUUUCAACUGUUAUUCAUAUUUAAAUGUUGUUAUGCUGGUAGGUUCGCCUCGAAUCCGUUAACAAAACCUCGACGCCCCAAGAAUCCUGAAUGUAUUGAGACGGAACAUGAAUGUUCAAAGAUGAUACCUUUAAUCUUUGAAAAAAAAAGUCUGAAAUUUAUUUGGAAAAAUUGUUAGUGCAUGCAUUUGCGUUCAUUGAAAUCUGCUUGAACAUUUGUUAAAAUAUAGAGACUCAUCUACUUACGAACAUUCGACUUCUGACCUUUCAGAGAUACGAACAAACCUGUCCGUAUGUCCAUUUGCCCGUUCGGACCGAUAAUCAUAAGUUCAACCGCCGUGCAAUAGAUGGCGGUAGUGGCAUCUGCAGAAUAUGAAAAACAAGUGGCAUCUACAUCUGCAGAACGUGAAGAACCAGUGGCAUCUAAAUCUGCAAAACGUGAAGAACCAGUGACAUCUACAUCUGCAGAACAUGAAGAACCAGUGGAUCUACAUCUGCAGAACAUGAAGAAUCAGUGACAUCUAUAUCUGCUGAACGUGAAGAAGCAGUCGCAUCUACAUCUGCAGAACGUGAAGAACCAGUGGCACCUACAUCUGCAGAAUAUGAAGAACCAGACGCAUCAACGUCUGCAAAACAUGAAGAACCAGUGACAUCUACAGGAGAUUAUACAACUUUUAAAGCCAUUCCCCGUGUUUAGUGUACAUGCCGUACAAAAUGUUUGGAAUCGACAGGAGUAAAGUUGGACUGACAAACAGACCCCAGGAACCAAACUCGUUCGUAAGUAGAGGAGUCCCUGCACAUUAAAUAACCCCAUAUGAUGUGUUACAAUAAAUAUAAUAACCCUAUGUGUCCUGACUUUGGCAACACUGUACAUGUGCAUGUAGGUACAUACAAUACUCAUGGCAGGUACACACACAGGUAUACACUGGUGCACACCAUAGGUACUUGUCCAGGUGUAUGCACACUCAGGAAGGUGUGUGUGUGUAGCUAUGCGUGUACAACCCAAGGAUGAACACAAAUACGCGCGUACACACGACAUAACACAUCGGGGGCAUUGUGUUGUAACGUGUGUAUACUGCAUUUAGUGUAACGAGGUGAGAACUGUGAAGAGACCAGGUCGAGAGUUCUCGUUCACAAGAGCGACCAGGGGAGGCAUGAGUGCUGCCAGUCCGGGACGAUGAUUGCUACUGCUGCUGCCGUCUGUGUACAAUCUCAAUUGUGCGGGGCAUUUUUCUAAUUUGGCAAAGUUUGAGUUGCUUGACAAUCGGCGUGUCGCGAACAUCCGCUGUGGCGCAGACAGCACCGCGUGUCUCGUGCCGUUGACAUGCGCCGCAGUGCCGGACCAGGGGCGGCCCGCUCGAUUCGAACCCCCGUGGAUCUUUUGCACAGCAAGCAGCGGGCGCGCAAACUGCAGGCGGCCGUGGUAGGAACGAAGUGGACCAGCCUACAAUAGAUUAUAUCAUCCGUCCGUUUGUCCGUGUAGCAACAUCGCCCCCUACUGCAAACACUUGGCAUGACCCUACAAAAACCUUUAGACUCCGUGACGCUUUCCUGGCUAAACAAGUGUAACAUUCCCUUAUAAUUCCCUCAGAUAGCUUUUAAUUAAAACUUUUAAAUUAAAAUUUAACUCACAGCGCCCUAAAGCCUACAGCUAGGCCUAAAGCCUCGAACUACGCCUCACACUCUCCCUUCGUAUCGUCCGAUUCGGUGUAGCAACAUUGCCCCCUGCUGCAAACACUUGGCAGGACCCUACAAAAACCUUUAGACUCAGUGGGGCUUUCCUGGCUAAACAAGUGUAAUAAUACAUUAUGUUUAUAUUCUUUGGUUAUUCGUUCCUACCAGCCCACCCCGCAGGGUCCUGUUAAAAGAUUUCGCUCUCGUAGAAAGUGUCCCCCUUCCACCAGCAGUGGCCGCGAGCGAGAACUUGCAGAAAUGCUCCUUUACACUUUUGGACAGCCCCCCCCAAACCUCCCCCGCUAGUGGCUGCAUGGAAACCAAUUCCGGUGUUGUGCAGAUUUCGUUUUCAAAUGUUCUGGCCCUCGUUUGCAACGUCAAAAUGACUUGGGAGUGGGAGGGGCUUUCUGAAUAGUGAGCGGGGCUGCCCAUAGGAUUAAUAGAGCAUUUUUGUAAAUAUAAAUAUGUCGUUAAACCCGCCAUCAACCGACAUGGCCGAUUAGCAAGGUUUGUCACAAAAAAACGUGCCAAUUCGUUACGAGUACAGCAACACCAGUUGUGUGUUGGAGAGUAAUCCCACGACAUCCACAAUUCGAGUACUGUGACGUUUUCGCCAGUAAUGACAACGAGCUCAGGUGACAGCCAGGAGGGGGUGGGGUGGUGGGGUUACCUGAGCAGUGGGAGUGGCCACCUCCUGGGGCAUGUGAACGGGAGGCGAGGCCCUGUGUCCGGAAGUGGCGUCAUAGUGCGGGGGGGGGGGGCUAGUGGCCGAGUGAGCGUGGCGAUGUAAAAGUAGGGCGGGGUUUCACGCAGCGGGGGAGUGGGGUUGGCAGCUCGGGCCCCACGUGUCCCGGUUGAGACCUCCCAGAAAUAGGGUUAUGACCUCACACAUGCGCGCGUGCGGACAUUUAAACGCACACGAAACACGACAAAAAGACGCACGGGUAUGCACACACAGGGACUCCUCUACCUACGAACAUUCUACUUACGAAAUUUCAGAGAUACGAACGCACCUGUCAUUAUGUCCAGUUGCCUGUUCGGACCGAGAGUCGUAAGUUCAACUGCCGCGCUAUAGAUGAUGGUGGUGGCAUCUGCAGAACGCGAAGAACCAGUGGCAUCUACGUCUACAGGAGAUUGUACAACUUUUUAAAAGCCAUUCCCCGUGUUUAGUGUACAUGCCUUACAACGUGUUUGGGAAUCAACAAAUCGACUUGCGAACAGUCCUCUGGAACAUAACUCGUUCGUAAGUAGAGGAGUCCCUGUACAACUACGCACGUGUUCACGCACCUUUCAGCCUGAACGAGUGCUGUAUGCGAGCACCCAUUAAAAGUGGCCCCACACGCCUUUUGUGAUGGGCGUUGGAACCACCCGA